GUUAAAGAUUCAUUGAAAACAUACAUUUAUAGGCCUUGAAUAUUAUUAUAUUUUUUUUAUUAUUAUUAUUAGCACCUCCUUAUAUACUACAUUGGUUGUUUUUCCACUUGUGGCAAAAAUGACUAAAUGUAAAUGUCAUACAUAGAGCACCUUACGUCACCAAAUAAUUUUUCUUUAGUCAAGAGUGCCAUUAAUUUCUUUACUUUAAUAUGAAAUACUCUCGCUAUAAUGUCAUGACGAUCGUCCAGCUUUUGUCCUGAAAACAGUGCAUCUAUGAUGUCUUUCCAAGUAGGGUUACAUGAAAAUGUGAUGAAUAGAUCAGGGCGACCAUGUACGCGGACAUAUGUCAUGACAUCUUGAGUUCGUUCAUGUAUAUACCUAGGUCCGCCAGUAAAUGAUGAAGGAAGUACUAUGAUUUGACCUAGAUUAGUUUCAUUAACAUCAUUACUCCCCACAUUAUCUUUGAGAUGAAUAUAGUUCUCAGCUCUUAGCUGUUUCUGAUGAUUCCUUAUACAAUUCAACCUUUCAGUUUCAAUUUUUGCGUAUAAUUCGACCAAAAAUUGACUGAAGAGGGAACGGAAGUAUACAAUAUGGUUAACUUCAUCUUGCCUAAUCAUAAUUCGGUAAGCAUAAAAGGAUGCCGCAGAAACUUUUUUUUCAAGAGGCAAUUUCGUAGUGGGAUUACACAAUGGUAUGUCAAUAGAGUAUCCGUCCUCGCCAUGGCAAAACAUAAGUGGAUACUGCAGAGCGUCGUAUGCUCGAUGAAUUUCACUGAUACGCUGUAGUUUAUUAUCGUGACUUUGUCUCUAUUUUCAAAUUGCUGACUUCCAAUUAUCAGAGCUAUUUCAUUUUGUGUUGGUGCGUUAAAACGACCAACAUGAGCAUUAUUUGGUUUUCUGUUUUAACGGAUGACCACUUUAAAUUCUUUACAGUUCUUUUGCACCGCAUUAAUCGUGGUCUUAAAUUGUUUGACAUAACUGUUUUUUUCCUGGAGUAUGCUUUGCAAUUGUUUGACCAACCCUGGUUUGACGUCUGUAAAAUUGGCGCACCCAGAGCGAACUUCUCUCUCAUUCUCUCCUACAAAAUAUAUUUGUGAAAAUUGGGCAUUCUGAUCAGGUUUAUGCAUGAGACUCCCUACCAAAUGGUACACCUGUCCUUGAACUUUGAAGGUAGGCAUAAAUCCUUCUGUUACAAUUUUUUUAUCCCCAAAUGAUGUCAUUUUAAAGCACCCAUUGUAUUUUCGUAUAAGGUCCAUAAAAUGAUUAUGAUGGGGGUGUCUGUCCAUAAGCAGGCUGUUGAGAGGUUCCGCAAAUGUUCAAAAGAUGGAAGCUGCACUUUUCCAUUAUUGCAGCACAUUCCGAGGGUUUCUUCUUUCCAUUUUAGAGCAUUGCAGUAUUCGCACUUGUGGUUCAUAGAACCAAGAGCUAUAGUUUUUUCUGCCUCAUAAGCCAGGUUAGGAUUGUACGUCAUUCCUGAGUUGACCAUUAUUUUCCAUGGAAGUGUUAGUCUUUCAACUUUCCGGCGGGGAUUAGUAUGCUCAUAUCGAGACUUAGCAGCUCUGCCUACCUCAGGAUUAUCUAGCUGGUACCUGGCAACUGCAGAUCUGUUCACUAAAGGAUUACGAAGUGCAUAUGUCUUUGCCGCGUUUUUAAGUUGUUUUUUUCUUAUAUUGCCAGUGUAUCUGGCACGGCGUUUUCUACCCUUCUUCAGGGAUAAAGAGAAAGGUGACUGCUGUAAUAUGGAAUCUCUCUGAGGGAUCAAUAUUUCUGACUCAUUAGGCAGGUAUACAUCAAAAUGGCCCCUAGAGAGAUUUUGCGUAAAACGCAUCCUCAAUACAGGGUAACCUUCAAUACCAAAAUGCUCAUAGAGCUGAUAAUUGCGGUAAACUUCAAAAAAGUUGUUGAACAAUUGUCCAGCGGCCAUCAAUUCACAUAAACCACCAUAAGUAUAUAAUUGAGACAUGUCAGCAAAAUACUCAGCGGAACUCAUAUAGUUGUUCCCAUUCUUGUCGUGAGACAUGACAGAAAACUCCGUCCAAUUUUUUGUUACGUGGCUCACAAUAAGCUUGCGUAUUUCUUUGGCCAUUUGCUCAGUUCCGUACAUAAGAUAGGAGAACGAAUUAAAUAAACAGGCACCAUCUCCUGUAAUAGGUACAACGAUGUCAGAUACCAUUUCCCCAUUCACGUUUAAAAACUCGAUGACAACGGUGCAGUGGCUGAUCGGUCAAUGGUGGGGGGUGAGUAGUGCCGACGGAGUUGUAGGCAGCACGUAUUCACCAUUUCGCGUUAUCUUUGUACUUUGACCGUCUACCGCCCGUACCUAUUGUGUUUUGCAAUCGCGGUUCGCCGAUAACUUCGACUAUAUGUAUAUAGAUUAAUUAAACUGUGUAUACACUUAACAGUGUAUCAAUACACUGAACAGCGAUAAACAAUUUGAAAAAAAUACAUAUUUAUAGCUAUAUAAAAUGUAUACAAACUUUAAAAAAAUGACUAAAUGUAAAUGUAUCAACACAUAAUACAAGUUGUUAUAGCAACUAUUUAUAAACAAAAAUUCCAUCGUAAAUCACAAAAUCCCAGUUUUAGCAUUCCUUUAAAAUGCGAAUUUUGAAAAAUCCUUUCUUAGUGCACCCUUACAUUGCUUAAGGAACCUCUGUACAAAAUUUCAAGUCUCUAGACCCAGCGGUUUGGUCUGGGCGUUGCACAGACGCGUAUUUAAGGAAAAACAUGGUCAAAACCGAAAGAAAUAAAAAUAACUGAAUAAGAUAACUAUUGACGGAUCUCGAUGUAAUGAUAUUGUUCUUAGUAGAAGAGACUUGUAUACAAUUUUAAAAGAAGGUUCAACAAAAUCGAAACAUCCACAUGGAAAUUAUGAACACUUAACAAAAUAUAUACUAGAAAUUACUAAAUAUCCAAAUGAAUUACCGAAGGAUAUAAAAAAGGUUUUAUCUUAUUUUAUUUCCCAGUUUAAUACCAAAUGGUCUGCAUCAUCUCGAAACGUAGAUUAUUUUUUAAAAAAAAAUUUUGAUUGGUUGGAAACUAAAAUAAGUUUUCCUAUGUACAAAGCUUCUUCAUUUUCUUCAAAUGAUAUAAAAGUUAAGGGUGGAAGACCAAAAGUGGAUUUCUCUAAGAGUAGUGAACGUACAAAACGUAGAAAAACUCAAUUGUUAAGGUCCGAGGUGGGUUCUUUAGAAUUAUCUUAUGCGGCUCAGAUGAGUCUCCGUGCAAGUGGCCAGUUAGAUGCUGCUAAUGUGAUAAAAGAUGUGACAUUAACAACACCUAAACGAGCAGAAAAAUAUAGAAAGGCUUAUAAAGAAACGUCAAAAUCAGUUAUGCCCUACACUGACGAUAAAGCACUUUCCCUUAUUAUAGAAGCAAAACUAUCAAAGCAUCAGUAUAAUAUUUUAAGGUCUACUGCUAAACUCAAUAAUUGCAAUAUUUACCCACCGUAUGAAAAAAUUACUUUAGCAAAGAAAAGAUGUUAUCCCGAAUCUAUGACAAUAACUGAAAUUUGUGCAGAAGUUCGAUUACAAGCAUUAUUGGAACAUACAUGCAUACGAAUAAUUCAAACACAAAGUGAUGUAAUAAAUCAUUUUUCAGAUGAACAACUUAAAAAUUUAAAAUUAAUUUGCAAGUGGGGCUGUGAUGGUUCAAAUCAAAAGGAAUAUAAGCAAAUGUUUGAGGACAAUAAUAGUUCUGAUGAUAACGUUUUUUUAAUAUCGCUUGUCCCUCUUCAAUUAAUUUACUGUGAAAAUAAUGAAAAUCCACCAAUAUAUGUAUGGACAAAUCCACGACCAUCAUCACCAAGAUUUUGUCGACCAAUAAAAAUUAAAUUUAUCCACGAAACCACAAAAGUAAUUACUAUUGAAACCAAGAACAUAGAAAAUCAAAUAGAAUCAUUGAUUCCUUCUUCUUUUAUUUUUAAUGAUCGUGAAGUGGUAGUAAAUUAUCAAUUAUUAUUUACAAUGGUCGACGGGAAAGUAUGCAAUGCAGUGUGUGAUAAUAAAUCCACGUUAAAAUGUUACAUUUGCGGUGCAACAUCUAAGGACUUUAAUGACAUUAGUAAUAUUACUCGUAUAAAAAUCGACGAAUCGAACAUAAAGUUAAAUUUUGGGCUAUCUAUAUUACAUGCCUGGAUACGAUUUUUUGAAUGUUUGCUUCAUUUAGCUUACAAAUUAAAUGUAAAAAAAUGGCGAGUAUUAGAUAGCAAAAUUAAGGAAGUUAUUAAAACUAAUAAUAUUACGAGUAGAAUUCAACAAGAAUUUAAAUCACAAUUAGGACUAAUAGUAGAUAAACCAAAACCUGGGUUCGGUUCCUCAAAUGAUGGAAAUACGGCACGCAGAUUUUUUGAAAAUUCUUUCAUAUCAUCUUCUAUAACUGGAAUAGAUGAAGGUAUAAUAAAACAAUUUCAAGUUGUACUUUUAGUCAUAUCAAGUGGUUAUAAUAUAAAUGUGGAUAAAUUCAAAAUUUUUACUCUUGAUACGGCAAAAAACUUUGUCAAUAAAUAUCCAUGGUAUCCAAUGUCUACAACUGUACAUUAAAUUUUAAUUCAUAGUUCAGAAGUUAUAUCGUCUUGUAUCUUGCCUAUUGGUCAAUUGUCCGAGGAAGCGCAAGAGGCACGUAAUAAGGAUUUUAGAAAAUAUCGUGAGGACUUUUCACGUAAAAUGUCAAGAAAAGUUACAAUGGAAGACGUUUUCAAUCGUCUUCUUGUAUCAUCAGAUCCAUAUAUAUCUAGUAUGAGAAACCUGCCAAAAAAAGGACUGAAAACUUAUUCUAAAGAAGUUUUAGACUUGUUACAACCUCCUGAUUAUAAUUUAGACACCGAAGAAAAUAUUAACGAUUCCAGUUCAGAUUCUGAAUAUAAUUCCAGUACAGAUAGUAGCGACUAGCGAAUGGAAGUUUAUUUUUAAAAAAAUGUUUAUUUAUUUUUUAUUUUUUGUAUGCUGUAUUUCUUAUUUUAAAGAUAAUGUACAAAAUCAUAAGUUUAUUUAUAAGUUGCUCUAAAAAUAAAUUAAAUUUGCAACUUUAA